CGUCUGCAGAGCCACCCACUACACCACAGCCGUCGACAUGGCCUGCAGACUUCCCUCCGCCGCCGCUGCCGUCCUCGCCGCCGUGGCGCUGCUGUCGCACCUCGCGACCGCAGCCAAGCUGCCUGCCUCGUUCAAGCGGUGCAAGGCGGGAGACCCACAACUUGGGGGCUGCAUGAAGGAAGCCAUCAAGGUCGCACUCGGAGAACUCGCUAAAGGCGCGCCCAGCCUCGGAGUGCUGCCCAUCGACCCGCUGGCCAUCUCCGCGCUGAGCAUCGGCCGCGGCAGCGGGCCCGUCGACGUCAGUCUCGACUUCAAGGACCUCACCAUCCACGGGCUCUCCUCCGCCGUCAUCGAGACAGCCUCGUUCGACACGAAGACGCUGUCGCUGGACAUGCAGACGCGCUUUCCCGGCCCCGUCAGUCUGCUGGGCCAGUACCGCAUCGACGGCAAGGUGCUCGUGCUGCCCAUCACGGGGGAGGGCCGCUGCAACCUCACGUUCGCCGACCUGACGACGACGGCGAAGAUCCGCGCUGAGAAGGUCGUGAAGGACGGGCAGACGUACGGCCGCGUCCUCAGCUUCGGAUUCUCGCUGCAGCCGCAGCGCCUGCACAUGGACUUCGAGAACCUCUUCAACGGCGACAAGGCCCUGGGGGACAACAUGAACAAGUUCCUGAACGAGAACUGGCAGGAGAUCCUGAAGGAGCUGCAGCCCGCUGUGGAGGAGGCCUUCGGCGCGACCUUCAAGGAGAUCGUGAACAGGAUCUACCAGAGGGUGCCGUACAAGGACCUGCUGCUGGAGUAGGCCUCCCACCUCCCGCCUCCCAUCCCCCAUCCCCCAUCAGUCACCGCCACCAGCACGGCGUGGCCGGCAGCGUACAAACCGAGAGGGUCGGCUGGCCGACAGCUCCGGGCCGCGAGUCUUCGUCAAGAGCGCCGCCGCUGCCUCCACGCCCCCACACCAGCGCCGCUUCAGCCUGUC